AAUAAGAAAUCGAGAAGUAUGGGGAACAAGAUCAGCGGCAUCCUUCGUCGCCUCUUCGACUAUCCCAUCAAGCGGAAACCAAUUUGCUUCUUCAGGCAAGAGGAUUUUUCGUCUACUGGAGAGCCUCUGCCGAAAGACGAUGUCAACCAGCACGGCCCUCUCAGCGAAUACGACAAGUUGGUGCAGUCGUUCUACACGCGAUUGCUGGAGCAGCGAAGACAGAGCAUGGAGCAUCAGGAGAAGAACGAGAAGUGGAGCAUGACGAAGGUCACCUACAAAUUCCCAGGAUGGAACGAAAUGACCAUAGCCAAUCUGCACAGUCUAUUCCUGCUCUUCGAUCAGAAUCUCAACGGAAUGCUCAAUUACGACGACUUUUCGGCGGUGUUGGAGAGUCUCGGCGAUGAAAGCACCAACGAUUUCCGUAAGCAGAAGUUCGACGAAGCUGACACGGACAUGGACGGUUGGAUCAGCUACGACGAAUUCCUGCACAUGGUGUACUAUUUCCAUCCGCAGGAUUCCGGCGAGCUGAAGGGUCUGGCGAAGCUGUGCUUGGACAUCGCCGACAACAUCAAAUUCGUGAGCAGCCUCUCCGUCGGUGAACAGCUGGAGUACGGACUGUUCUGAUGACGACGGGAGCAGAGAAAGAAGAAGAAAAAAACGAAGCGGAAUUUGAACGGACACUUUAUAUAUAUUUUCACACUCUCUAUUUAGCGAUGGCGAUCGAUCAA